CGAUACUUGCAUUGUCUCAUUGGGUUUUAUCGACGACAUCAGCCAACCCAUCGAAACACAUACGAUGGCUGAUAACAUAUGCAACUAUUGCUAGCGUGAUCUUUCGUUUUGAAGUUGUGCUGACGCUUGGUCCGAUCCUUUUGUAUACCUCGAGGAUACACAGGAUCGGAUUUACGGAAGUCGCCGUCGGAGCAAGCGUUGGACUGGCGAGUUUGGUAACGUCAUUAGUAAUCGAUUCAUACUUUUGGCAAAGACCAUGGAUGUGGCCGGAGGGUUCGGUAUUCUAUUUCAAUGCCAUACUCGGAAAAAGUGUUGAAUGGGGUGUUUCCCCAUUCCAUACUUACUUCACUGUGUUCAUUCCAAAAUUAUUGGUGGCGUCCCUUCCUUUGAGUAUAUUUGCUCUAAUUGUGGAUGAGCGUACACGCUUGUAUAUAUCACCGAUUAUCAUAUUUGUAGCGGGAUUCUCUUUACUUGGACAUAAGGAGUGGCGUUUUAUUGUAUAUGUGGUACCAGUAUUCAACCUAUGUGCUGCCAUUGGGUGGAGUUGGAUCGAACAAAAAGCAUCCAAAUUAUAUAGAAUUGUCAGAUACAUCAUAAUUGUUGCACUAAUAAUGAGCUUUAUAUCGAGUACUGGGAUCCUCAUAAUUUCAAGUUACAACUAUCCUGGCGGUGCGGCACUUCUUAAAUUACACAAUAUCGAGAAAAACUAUAUUCGAGAAACUGAUCCGUAUCUCCCACGAUCAGCUCGAGUGCAUCUAGACGUAUAUACUGCAAUGACAGGAGCAUCACGAUUUGGGGAAUUAAGAAAAGACUGGAUUUAUUCAAAAGAGGAAUCUCACUUUACUCCGGAAGAUUAUUCCAACUAUACUCACAUACUCACACAUACUCCGUUAUUCCAUGAAGAUCGUUUUAUAGUAGUAGAUAUUGUUUACGGAUACGAGAAAGUGAAAAGAAAGAGUGUGAAGGAAGUGAUUGAAACAUUGGGAGAUAUCACCACGGGAAAAGCAGAUGGGGAAAAAAUCAAGAUGAAUUACGAUGGUUUUAAAGUGUUUGCCGCAGGAUUAAUCGAUACUGCCUUUAGAUUAUUUCCCAUCGAGAUCGUAAUUGAGCCAAAAGUAUGGAUUAUGAAGUCGAAGACUGCCUAA